CCCUUCCCACCAGGGUAAGUGACUGAGCAGUAAAAAAUUAGGAGCAACUUUGAUAAGUUUGCAGCCGAGGUGAGGAAAUGGGAAAGCUUGUGAUCUUUUCGGUUGCUAUUGCAGCUUUUUCGGUGCUGCUCGGGGAAAGGCUCCUUAAUAUGAGCAAAAGGUACCUCGCCUUCAGGGAGGUGGGUAACCAACAUCUGCCUAACUGUGUUGCACUCAAAAACAUAGAACAUGGGUCGGAGGAUAUAACCAUUCUUGGCAACGGGCUUGCCUUUAUCAGCUCAGGGCUCAAUUACCCUGGACUCCCACCCUCAGAUGAGCCAGGAAAAAUUUUCCUCCUUGAUGUCAAAGGUCCUCAGCUGAAACCAGUGGAGCUGCGUAUUUCAAGGAACUUUGAUUUGGAGUCCUUCAAUCCACAUGGCAUCAGCGUGUUCACAGAUCCAAGUGAUGAUACAGUCUACCUCUUUGUUGUUAAUCACCCUCAGUUUGGAAGCCAAAUUGAGAUCUUUAAAUAUGUGGAGGAGGGUGCCUCCUUGGUGCACCUGAAAACCAUCAAACAUGAGCUUCUGCACAGUGUGAAUGAUAUAACAGCUGUUGGGGUGGAGAGUUUCUUUGCCACCAAUGAUCACUACUUCUCUAACAAUCUUCUGAAAACUUUGGAGAUUCUUUUGCUCAUGCCCUGGACCAACGUAGUCUACUACAGUCCGAAUGAAGUGAAGGUGGUGUCUGAGGGUUAUCACUUUGCCAAUGGCAUCAAUAUGUCUCCUGACCAAAGGCAUAUAUAUGUAGCAAAUAUAUUUAACCACAGUGUGGAAGUAUUGGAGAGGAAAGAAGACAACACACUAACUCCUGUGAAGUCUGUACCUGUGGGUUCUCUUUGUGACAACAUUGAAGUGGAUUCUGAAACCGGCGACCUUUGGCUAGGCUGUCACAUUAAUGCAAAGAAGCUUUUCCUGUUUGAUCCCAAAGAUCCCCCGGGAUCAGAGGUCAUCCGCAUCCAAAACAUCCUCUCGGAUCAGCCCGUGAUCACCCAGGUGUAUACAGAUGAUGGCCAUGUGCUCAUGGGCUCCUCAGUGGCAGCAGUCUACGGGGAGAAGCUGCUCAUAGGGACCGUGUUCCAUAAAGCAUUGUGUUGCGAUUUAAAAUAGGCAAGGGGAGAUUUUUAUGCAAGUUGAGCCAAUAAAAUUGAAAUCAUUAUGUGUCUUUUUCUUCAGGCAAUGAUUUUAAUGAUGAAAUGCUGCAGGAGUUGUUUCUUAAAUGUUCUUAAGAGGAUGUAAAAACAGAAAACUUCUUUACCCCGGGUUCAGCUCACACAGCAAGCUCAAGACUGGAGAUGUGGUUCGAACUGACUACCCUCAGUUUUAAGGG